GUGUCUUCUGAGUGCAGUGUCGCGCUUCUCUGUUCUCACUGGAUUGUUAGAUUGCUGUGGAUUGUUUUCCUCGGGACAUUCACAACAAGGUUAAAAUAUCAAACACAUCUCAUGACACCAAUCCAAAGCGUUCGGGGUUUAUCAGGGGGGACCCGGAACAAUCAUUUCCCCACCCAUUUAACUCCUCGUGCGUUGUUUAUAUGUUGAAAAACUGAUGAUUAGAUUCAGCGUUGGUUGAUGGUGCAUUGUUGUGGUUUGCGAUGUAUUCCUGGUUCGCAGCCUCUUCGGCUGAACUAUAGCUGCAUGCAUCGUUUUCGAGUCGUGUUUGUGCCGAUCCGUUUAGUUUUUUGCAGCUGAUCGUUGAAUCAACACAACAGCGUUAGCUGGCCAGGACAAAAUGAGCAGAAAACAGCAUCAUUUUAAAGGAGCAGAGGUCAGCUGCUGUGUUAAAUACUUCUUAUUCGGAUUCAACAUCAUAUUUUGGUUGCUGGGAGCUGCAUUCCUGGGUAUUGGACUUUGGGCCUGGGCAGAAAAGGGAGUGCUGUCAAACAUUUCCUCCAUCACAGAUCUGGGCGGCUUCGACCCUGUCUGGCUCUUCAUUGUCGUAGGAGGGGUGAUGUUCAUCCUCGGAUUUGCCGGAUGCAUCGGUGCGCUCCGGGAGAACACAUUCCUGCUCAAAUUUUUUUCAGUGUUUUUGGGCCUCAUCUUUUUCCUAGAGCUCACAGCUGGCAUUUUAGCCUUUGUGUUUAAAGACUGGAUCAAAGACCAGCUGAACUUCUUCAUCAACAACAAUGUUAAAGCAUAUCGGGAUGACAUUGACCUCCAGAAUCUCAUUGACUUUGCUCAAGAAUAUUGGUCGUGUUGUGGUGCUCAUGGGCCGAAUGACUGGAACCUGAACAUCUAUUUCAACUGCACCGACUCCAACCCCAGCCGGGAAAGGUGUGGCGUUCCCUUCUCCUGUUGCGUUAAAGACCCUGCUGAGGAUGUUCUGAAUACACAGUGUGGCUAUGAUGUGCGGCUUCAAGGGGAGUUGGAUCAGCAGAAGUACAUUUAUACAAAGGGCUGUGUGGGGCAGUUUGAAAAGUGGCUUCAGGACAAUCUGAUCAUUGUUGCUGGGAUUUUUGUGGGGAUUGCAUUAUUACAGAUUUUUGGGAUAUGUCUGGCUCAGAACCUGGUGAGUGACAUCAGAGCGGUUAAAGCCAACUGGUGACCCUUUGCAGAGGGCGGCAGGUGACAGUGACCUCUGAUUAUGGCAGAGAGCUAAUUGCAAAUCAGCACUGUUUACACACCACUGAGCUGGGAAAUUCCACCCUUUUCACACUACGGAUGUUAUAUGUUAGCUGACUUUACAAAAUAUACUGUCCAUCUAUGUCUUUUUUUUUUUUCUUUUUUUUUGUGGUUCCUUAUCUGAAAACAAGCUCUUAUGGAGACUAUCCAGAAGGAGCUUAACGUGAGAUGUCACAUUGAGAUCAAGCUAUCUGUGAUCUCGCAGCUGUCUCUUGAUCGAACGCUAUUUUCGUUUGCCCUUAUUAAAACGUUCACAGACACUCCUCCGUGUUGGCGAAUAAUGUCAAGUGGAGGCUGUUUUCAUUAACCUGUGGAUGACUUUCUUUUAGAGCAACACUCAAAUCAACCACUGGGACUUUAUACAGAGGAGCCAUGAACUAAACAAAGCCUUACAGCAGUGCAUUUCACUAUACACUUGUGUGGGUUCAGCUUUUUACACAACAUUCUGUCUGUCAGUCAUUCGAGCGGAUGGACAGUUAGACUCUUACCUCUGAUUGGCUCUCUGUUGCACAGGGUAGCCAAUCAGAAUGACGUACUUGAUAAUUACACGUAAUGCAUUUAUUUUUGUGAGUUCUACCACUACUGUUGGGUAUGGGGGGUGGGGUGGAGAAAUGUGCUGUUAUUUGUCUGUAUAGCUAUGUUUUAUUCAUUCUCUCUUGUUUUUUUGGGUCUCUGUGAGUAUAAAUCAAAUUAACCGCUUUCCCAGACUUGCUUAUGAAUCUUUGUUUUCGCUACUCUGCUUGAUAGUGAUAUGCUAUAGUGACACUAAUAAUGUAUUAUUAUAAAUAUGAUGCUGCUUUAAAAUAUACAUCGCUAUACUAACCAACUGAACUUUUAAUAGAAAUCAUGAGGUAUACAUUCCCUCUGGGAAACACACUUCAGAUCAUGCAGAAUGCUUUGCAAAUGAACCUGACUUGAGUGCACAUGAAGCGGACUGAUUGAAUUAGCCGUGCGUAUGAUCACAUGCCUUAUUGAGCCCUAUAGAGAUGAUAGCAGAAGCCAACGACAGUUACACAGCACAUGGACCUUUACGAAGGCUUUUUUUACUGUUCAGUCUCUCUUGCUCGCGCCAUAUGCAUGCAGUCAUCUAUUAAAAUAAUGCACGGCAAUGCAGACCUCUUUAAACACAUGCACACAUAUGUGUGCGGAUGUGUGUCCAUCUCAUUAUGAAUACCAUACCAGUGCGUUUUCACCUAGCUGUGUUAAUUCCCGUUGUGUUGAGAAGGAGUCACGACCUUAACGCUGAUAAUGUGCAAAGUAAGAUAAAUGAUGUACUGCCGACUGUGUGUAUAGAAUGUGCUCUGAUGGUUUUAGCAGUGGAGUGUCAUGUCAGCCAGACUGAUCUGAUUCAUCUGUUUAAAAAGCUUUGCUCUUGUUUCAAGGGUCUAUAUAACCUGUGUUAUCAGAGCGCUUAGUAAAAUGUGAGGUUUCUCUUCUGUGGUCUUUUUGGGAGAUUUCGGUAUAUUGUGUAUAUAAGUGGCAAAUCUUUUAUGCCGAUACAAGAUUACAUGCUAAAGAUGAUAUUUAGCCCCUUUUUGGGAAUUUAGGAAAAGCUAUCAAGAACAUGUCCAAGUUGCAUUUCAUUUCAAGAGAAAAUGGAAAAAUAUAGUCUGCUUAAAGAAAAUGAAGCACAUUUACACCCAAAUUCUCAUUAAUAUAAUAAUAAAAAGUGUGUAUAUAUAUAUACAGAAAAAUAAUGUAUUAAAGUAACAAGAAAUGAAUGAAUCAGAUUAAAGAGAAUUUAAAUAAUUUCAAAAGUAACUCUAGAGGCGAUGAGAAUUUAGGAUGGAAAUGUGCCGAAAACUAUUGCCCCAAUGCAAAAAAAAAAAAAAAAAUCCUAAUGGUCCUAAAAAUAAGCUUCAUUUUCUUUAUGCAAAAUAACAUAUAUUCUGGGGUGAACUGCAACCAUGACAUGUUUUUGUGAGAUUCACUCAAAAUAUUGUUUUUUUUUUCUUCAUCAUGCAAUGGCCUUUUCUGUCUUUUCUCCUUUUUUUCCCUCUUAACAAAGAACUCUAACAUUCCCUUUUGAGGGAGCCUCUUGCAUAUCAUGAAUGUAAAGAUCAUCUCUUACUAAUGUUAUGUCAUAUAUAACUUACCCUUCAAAGUGCAAUGCACAAACAUGUGAAUAAAAUUAAUGUUUGUCUGACUGUAAAACAUGGCAAAUCUGUGUUCGUGUAGUGAAUUAGACAUUCCUUGUGCAUGCAUUGGCAAAAAAUUUUAGGAAGUGCAUUUUGCAUUGCAGCGGUUUUUCUGUGUUGGUUCAUCAGACACAGUUUCGAUGAUUGGUAUUAAAACCAAUGAGCCUAUUUGCUGGCCUUUCUCUGUAAAAGCUGUGAUAGUUUCUACAUUACAGUCAUUCGAAAUGUUUGCAAAUCUUUAAGCACAGUUUUAUCGGAUAAGUUGGAGCUUCUGUCGACCAAUCGAGAACAGUUGUACAGAACAGUACUGCGUUGAUGCUAAAUAUUUUGUGAUUGUGAAUUCAUAUCAGAAGAGUUUAUCAAUGAUUUAAAGAUGUCUUUUUCCAAACAUAAUUUUUUGCUUGUUUUGUUUACAUUCCCAUACUAAUUUUCAAAGUGUCUUCAUAGAAAUGUUUGGAUUCUACCUCAUCAUGGAGAAAUGACUUUAAACAUGGUUAUUUGGGGAGUCAUAACUCUAAUGCAACCAUUGUGAAAAUUUUUUAGAAGAGUUACAAAAAAACCCAACUUUAAGUAUCUUCGACACAAACAUGUCAGUAGUGGUAGCAGGUCUUCUCUCAGUCUCAGCUUUUCUUUAGAUGCAUUUUAGGCAAAGGAUCAUUUUGUUUCUUAGUCACGGAAUGCAAAAAAUAUAAUGUGGAUUUGUUGUUUGAAUGGUGAGAGUGACACUUUUUUUUUUUUUUUUUUUAACUUAUCCAGUCCCAUUAUGGGGAGCACUAUUUCAGGACUCUGGAAACAAACGGUUCUCAGCUGUAAUCAGAUGUCCUUAAACUAGUUUAUUGAAUUAGUCUUCAUUAUCCGAUAAUUUUAUAUUAGCAUAACUCAAAAUACCCUCUUAAACUGGAUAAUGAAUAUUGCACUUGCAGGCCUAAAGCAUUUCCUGUGCUCUCCAUUUUACUGAGUCAAUGACUAUACUAACCUAUAAUAACACUCAUAAUUAAUGUAGCAAUUCACUCUAUGAAAAAAUCUAUAGAAAAUUAGGAUCAUAUUUGGAAACCAUAGCUUUGCCACUGUUUUCCAGUGGUUUUGUUUUAUUUGAUGUUAUUUUUUUGUAAUUCUUGUCCAAAGGUUGAUUUCUUGGUGGCAUACACAAAUGGACUUUUCUUGUGGGAGAUGGUCUGUUACACUGUAUACUAUUACACAAGAUAUGCUUUUUCUUUUUCAUAAUAAAAUGGAUUUAUGACA